UGCCCUGCUGCCCUACUGCAUACAUAUUUUGUUCCUGAGGGUGCACGGGACCGGAUUGUGGCUCUGUUUUCAGUAUCCCGUUUCAAAAGCUUUUCUGGUUCAAAGCAGUUGAUGUUGCGGAUGGCGACCUGAGAUUCCUGCUAUCCACUUAGCACUCUUUGACCGCUGCUAUGCCGGCCGCAUCUUGCAUUUAUUCUCUUCGACGAUGCGACUCUGCCAAAACGUGUACCGGAUUCUAACCUCAUAGGUUCAAACUCCAAAAGGUACGUACCCCGAUACCUGCCAGGUUUGUUAAGCGCGAAAAAAGCUCUGCUGUCCUCGUGCUGGCACCCAGGCGCGCUGGCUUGUUUGACGACACGGGCCGGGCUGGGGCAUGGUCACGGGGCUCACCUUGAGAUUUGCAGCUCGGCGCCGUUGCGAAACUUCCUCCCUGCCAAGUCCUUCCAGGCCUCCAGACUGCUAUUUUUUCUGUUGGCUAGGGGCUGGGUAUGGAGAUGACAACAGCGCCGGUGUGCGAAUCGGCAUCUCCACGAACCUGGCAUCUGGGAGAGCUGGAGCGGCCGGAAGGUCUCAUGCACUGUACGGCAACACUGCCCCGUGAGAGCCCCGGUGAGACUACCACCGCUCCAACAGACCGAGCUCACCACCAACAAAACAAAACAAACAAUUUCCAGCUCAUUCUUUCGCCCCUUUUCCACAUUCGUUACAGAGCACAGAGAUGACUCCCAUUUCUCUCUCUGGUCUGCUGAUACUCUCGCCAUGGCCAGUUUGUCUCUGCCCGGUCCGAAAGGGGUCCGACUGAAGGACACAUUUGAGAUUUCUCCCUUGACAACUCUGUUGCAGUCACAUAUCGGAAACUCCCUAGCAACCAUCCGAUCUUUUGCUCCCAAGGUCUGACCUCCCUAUCGGAGCUGCACCUCGACAUUCGAGAUCACGCUGAGGUCAUCAGAGCAAUCCUCCAAAUACCUGCAGAGUAUUACUUGAUGCCAAGGGCACGGCAGAAAUCCAUGCGGAAUCGUCAUCCGUGAUCAUGGGUGCCAUCUUCAUCCCUUCGGUGCCGUGGACGAUAUCAGGAGAGAGCUUCAUUCGAUUCCCGAUCUUUGAAUCGGAAGCGAGGGGUCUCCGUUCCAAGUCUUGUUGCUGAAGAACAAAAUGGUUCCCAGUCCAUAUAUGCAAGCGGGGGAGGGCUGGGCUUGCAUACUGGCGUAUGCGCCUUUCAAGGGCCAAAGUGACAGCGAAACAUGUACAUGCAAGGUACCUUGCCUUGCUUGGGAUGUGCACAUACAACACAAGGACUAUCAACCUCUUCUCUUUUGCUUGAACUUCUCCAGCAAACCAAGUCUUGAAGCUUGUCAUCUUUACCCCUUUCUGUCAUCAUGCAGGGCUACGGAAAGAAUCUGCUCUUUUCCCAGAGAUUAUUCGUCCGAUUCACUAACAGGGUUUUUACACUGGACUUUUCUCCAAUUUGGGAGGUUCUUGCUUUCUCUGAGGUGCUAUCCUUUGUGUCCCCCCAAGUGCCUCCCAAGAAAAGAGGCAAAGCUGUUUCUGUUUCUGUGUCUCGUUUUAAAUUUUUUGGUGUCUUUCUCUCCCACACUCUCCUGAUACACACAUUUUUUUUUUGUUUCUAUUACUCAUAGUGGUAGUUGGGUCUCUUUUCUGGUCCGAGAUUCUCUUCGUUAAGUGCCGAGAAUAGGGUUCUCAGGCGAUGAAUCGUACGUACGGUCUGCCCAGCUUUAUAGCGGAGUAGACUUUGGAAAAAAGGGCUCGUCCCGUCUGAUUUUCCCGCCGGUGUCGGAGCUUAAAAACUGAGGAGAAUUGAGGUCAUCAUCAGAGAGGGCUGAGUUUACAUGACACACUGGUCGGAAAAGAUGCAUCAUGAAGGCUGCGGUUCGCAAAGGUCCAAGGAAGGAGGUUUAGGAUCCAAGGGACGUCACUCAUCGGGUUUUUUUUCUUGGCAGGGCAGGAAUGGAAGGUUCCAUGUGGGUUCUCCCGUUGAUUGCCGCAGGUCUCCGCUUUUAGUUUUUUUUGCUGAUGGCGGGGCCGCCGCCGGCCGGGCGGGGCACAGUUCGGUGGUGCCCCUCUCGGAUCUAUCGCCGUUUCAUCAACGGAAGAGAUGGAGGGGUAGUUGAUGGUGGGGCAAUUGAUGGAAUCCUUCCUCAUUAUCACACCCGACGACAACAUCUAUCACCUGCGAAGUUGUGUAUGAGUGAGUUUUACAGGGGUUGAAGUUUAUCCAGUGUUGGACAAGAGACACAUCGAAACUCUUUUUACUUUUCGGCAGUUUGAACAAUUGGCUCAAGGGUUUCUGCUGUCACACAUACAUCACACCAUAUCUCACACUUUUGCUUGCUCAGAGCUUGUUACUCCACAUCAAGAAAGAGACAAUGACUUCGGCUCCCGUUCUUCCCGCCGGCGCCGCCGGGAGUGGAAAUGCGAGGGAGCGAGCACGCCAGCUGGACCGGGAUGAUGAACUCGGGUUCUUGAGGGACGAGUUCAACAUCCCGACAAAGGGACAAAUCGCGAGCACCUCGUUACCCGAGGGUUCCUCAGCCAAUAACAAUGACAGCGACACAACAACCAAGUGCAUCUACCUCUGCGGCAACUCUUUGGGUCUCCAACCCAGACGCACACAAGCCCGUCUCUCCCAGUACCUCUCCACCUGGGCCACCCAAGGCGUCCAAGGGCACUUUAAACCGCUGACCAACUCCCCCUUGCCAACAUGGCUCGACGUCGACGAGCGAGCAGCCGAGAUGAUCGCCCCCAUCGUGGGAGCUCACGUCUCCGAGGUGGCAAUCAUGCAGACUCUGACUGCGAAUCUCCAUCUUCUCAUGUCUGCGUUCUACAAGCCUGAUGCGAACAAGCGGCACAAGAUCAUCCUGGAGAGCAAGGCUUUUCCUAGCGAUCACUUUGCCGUGGAGACACAGCUUCGUCAUCAUGGGUUGGAUGCGAGCAAAUCAAUGGUUUUGCUCAAGUCGGAGAGGUCGAGGGAUAAUAUCUUGACUACGGAGGAAAUCUGUGGGGUUAUUGACCUGCAUAAAGAGGACGCGUUUUUGUUGUUGUUGCCGGGGAUUCAGUACUACACUGGGCAGCUGUUUGAUAUUAAGACUAUCACUGCGUAUGCGAAGGAGAGGGGGAUUUUUGUCAUUUGGGAUCUGGCACAUGCGGUUGGGAAUGUGGAGUUGAGGCUUCAUGAGUGGGGGGUUGAUGCUGCGGCUUGGUGCUCGUACAAGUAUUUGAAUGGGGGGCCGGGGUGUAUUGGGGGGAUGUUUGUUCAUGAGAAUAAUAGUGCUGUGACGAAGCUUAUUACUGAUGAGAGGCCGGAGGAGGGGUAUAAUCACCGGUUGGCUGGGUGGUGGGGGAAUGAUAAGAAGAGUCGGUUUGGGAUGGAGAAUAGAUUCCAUCCUGUCAAGGGGGCCGCGGGGUUCCAGUUGAGUAAUCCUAGUGUGUUGGAUAUUACUAGUUUGUGUGCGAGCUUGGAGGUUUUUGAGCAGGCGGGUGGGAUGGGGAAGUUGAGGGAGAAGAGUAUGAGGCUGACGAAGUUUUUGGAGGAGCAGUUAGAGGGGAUGGGGGAGGAGGAGAAGGGGUUGUUCAGGGUUAUUACGCCUUUGGAUCCGAAGCAGAGGGGGGCGCAGCUUAGCUUGGGGUUGGGGAGUGGGUUGCUUGAGGGGGUGAUGAAGGAGCUGGAGAGGCAAGGGGUGAUUGUUGAUGAAAGGAGACCGGAUGUCAUUAGGGUUGCGCCAGCGCCGUUGUAUAAUGGGUUUGAGGAUGUGGUUGGAUUUGUGGAGGCUUUUGGGGAGGCCUUGAGAGUGGCCAGGAGAGAGAGCGAUGCGUUUUGAGAUGUACCCGCAGUGUUGAUAUUGGGGGUCUGUCAUUACGUCUUGCGAUGCAGGUUGUGUAUUCGCUCAAACAAUCUCAAUCACCACAGCCUCCAAGUCAUAUAUCCACCGCGCUUGGUAAGCAUCUACCAUGCCAACCCUCCUGAAACGUCCGUUAGACAGCUCUUCAAGCACUAGACCCUCCCCAUUCCAGUCCUCGUCCCACUGAAGGAAAACAAAAACAAUCCCACUCGUUCUCGGCCCAAUAUCAUCAAAAUGAACGUUCCCAAUCUGGCUGUGCUUCCCGUCUUCAUUCAAUA